AAAGAAAGUCUCACAAGCGUCAGUUGGAGGAGUCCAAAAGAGGGGAGGAAGGAGAAGGCUUGACCUUUGAGGAGUUUCAAAGGAUCGUGUACCUUACUGUAUUUAUAAACCCUAUUUCUUCUUCUUCCUCAAUCGAUUAUUUCACUAUUGAAUUGAUUGCUUCAAUUAGAUUCCGAUCCUCUCUCCGAUCGAUUAACCAAUGUCUCACUCUGCUGUUUCCCAGGCUGCUGCUGUCUCAGUUCCAAUCGGAAACGAACGUUCUCUUAGUAGAUCCGUCUUCAAGAACAAUAGCAUCAGCUUCAACAGCAAGCCAUGGUCAUCCUCCUUGGCGUUGAACCAGAAAACAACAAUCACAAGAGAUGCAAAACGGUACACGAGCACAACAAUAUGCAUGUCGGUUCAACAGACAAGUAGUUCCAAGGUUUCUGUCUCUCCUAUAGAGUUGGAAGAUCCCAAGGAUCCUCCUUUGAACUUGUACAAACCCAAGGAUUCUUACACAGCUAAGAUUGUCUCCGUGGAGCGAGUCGUUGGUCCGAAAGCUCCAGGAGAAACUUGUCAUAUCGUGAUCGAUCAUGACGGUAACCUUCCUUACUGGGAAGGGCAGAGUUACGGUGUGAUCCCUCCCGGUGAGAACCCGAAGAAACCUGGAGCACCACACAAUGUGCGCUUGUACUCGAUUGCAUCAACGAGAUAUGGAGAUUUCUUUGACGGUAAGACAGCGAGUUUGUGUGUACGUAGAGCUGUUUAUUACGAUCCCGAGACUGGAAAAGAAGAUCCUUCAAAGAACGGAAUCUGCAGCAACUUCCUAUGUGAUUCAAAGCCAGGAGACAAGAUUCAAAUCACUGGUCCAUCGGGGAAGGUAAUGCUACUACCGGAGAAUGAUCCAAAUGCGACUCACAUAAUGAUAGCAACGGGAACAGGAGUGGCUCCUUACAGAGGCUACUUACGUCGAAUGUUCAUGGAAAACGUCCCAAACUUCAAAUUUGGCGGCUUAGCUUGGCUCUUCUUAGGCGUGGCCAACACCGAUAGCCUUCUCUAUGAUGAUGAGUUUAGCAAGUACUUGAAAGACCACCCGGAGAACUUUAGGUUCGACAAGGCGUUGAGCAGAGAGGAGAAGAACAAGAAAGGUGGGAAGAUGUAUGUGCAGGACAAGAUUGAAGAGUACAGUGAUGAGAUCUUCAAGCUUUUGGACAAUGGAGCUCAUAUUUACUUCUGUGGGCUUAAAGGGAUGAUGCCUGGGAUUCAAGAUACGCUUAAGAGAGUUGCAGAGGAGAGAGGUGAGAGCUGGGACUUGAAGCUUUCUCAGCUCAGGAAGAACAAGCAGUGGCACGUUGAAGUCUAUUGAUCUCAAUUACCUUUUCUUUCUUUAUUAUCUGUUUUUGAUUUGAUCCAAUAUCGUAAUAAAUAAAUGAAUUGAUGUGGUUCGAGUUUUCAAUGAUAAUGAUUAAUCCUGAAAUUUGUUGGUUUGAAAAGAGAAA